CCGCGUCCCGGCGCCGCUGGCCCAGGGCAGGGACCGCCAGGGCCGGACCUCCGGGCUGGGCCCCGCGCCCGACGCCUGGUCGCCUGCGCCCCGCGCGCCGUAGCGCGGCCGCCCGGGCAGCCAGAAAAAUCCAUUUUCUUCGGUGGAGGGUGCACGGUAUUGCAUUGGGUUCCUGGAUCUGAUAACAUGGCAAAAGAUGCCAGUCUAAUUGAAGCCAACGGAGAACUAAAGGUCUUUAUAGACCAGAACCUUAGUCCUGGGAAAGGUGUGGUAUCGCUGGUGGCUGUGCACCCAUCCACAGUGAACACACUUGGAAAGCAGCUCUUGCCAAAAACCUUCGGGCAGUCUAAUGUCAACAUCACACAGCAAGUGGUGAUUGGUACGCCUCAGAGACCAGCAGCAUCAAACACUAUUGUGGUAGGAAGCCCACACACCCCCAGCACUCACUUUGUGUCCCAGAACCAGCCGUCUGACUCCUCACCUUGGUCUGCUGGGAAGCGUAACAGGAAAGGUGAAAAGAAUGGCAAGGGCUUGCGGCAUUUCUCUAUGAAGGUGUGUGAGAAGGUGCAGAGAAAAGGGACCACCUCCUACAACGAGGUGGCCGAUGAGCUGGUUGCAGAGUUCAGUGCUGCCGAUAACCACAUCCUACCAAAUGAGUCAGCUUAUGACCAGAAGAACAUCCGGCGGCGUGUCUAUGAUGCCUUAAAUGUGCUGAUGGCUAUGAAUAUCAUCUCCAAGGAGAAAAAGGAGAUCAAGUGGAUCGGCCUGCCUACCAACUCUGCUCAGGAGUGCCAGAACUUAGAGGUAGAGCGGCAGCGGAGGCUGGAGCGGAUCAAACAGAAGCAGUCCCAGCUUCAGGAGCUUAUCCUACAGCAAAUUGCCUUCAAGAACUUGGUGCAGAGAAACCGCCAGGCGGAGCAGCAGGCCCACCGGCCACCCCCACCCAACUCGGUCAUCCACCUGCCCUUCAUCAUUGUCAACACCAGCAGGAAGACGGUCAUUGACUGCAGCAUUUCCAAUGACAAAUUUGAGUACCUGUUCAACUUUGACAACACGUUUGAAAUUCACGAUGACAUUGAAGUGCUCAAGCGCAUGGGCAUGGCAUGCGGGCUGGAGUCAGGAAGCUGCUCGGCCGAAGACCUCAAAAUGGCAAGAAGCUUGGUACCAAAAGCUCUGGAACCAUACGUGACAGAAAUGGCUCAGGGAUCCAUCGGCGGGGUGUUCAUCACGACAUCAGGCCCCGCCUCCAAUGGCACGCGGCUUUCUGCCAGUGACUUGAGCAAUGGUGCCGACGGGAUGCUGGCCACAAGUUCCAACGGGUCCCAGUACAGCGGCUCCAGGGUGGAGACCCCUGUGUCCUACGUGGGGGAGGAUGACGACGACGAGGACGACUUCAAUGAGAAUGACGAGGAAGACUGAGCUCCCAGCUCGCAGAUCCCCUCCCCCUUCAAAUUCAGCUUCAGGAACACGUGCUUAGAGACGAAAAACUUGUUUUUUUAUUACUGUGGGUUUUCUGUUUGUUUUUGGCUUACUCCCAAGAAGACAUUGUAAGCUAUGGAGUUGAGAUGCACACUUCCAAUAAGCAAGGGUGGUUUGUGGGUGUGGGCCCGUGUUUGUGGGUGGGGGGUGCACUGCUGUGCGCUUUCACACCAGUGUGCUAAUGCAGAGCCUCUGCUUACUCUAGGAUUCUGUGUUUUCACUUUGUUUUUAAAUUCAGAGUUCAUUUUUGCUCCUCAGCAGUUCAUGCUGGGUCUGCUGAGGAAUUGUCCUGCACCCACCGGUGACGAGCAGUGAGCUGCCUGGCCUGGCGCCUGGUGUCCCCACCGUGCCCUCGUGGUGGGUGCUAGGUGGUACCGCCUACAGGCCGCAGAAGGCUCCAGGAUGAGUUUUUCAUUCUUUAAAUCAUGCAGUGUCCAAAGAACCAAGCAGAUAGCAAAGCUCUACAUUUUAAACAGUAAGCGCCAUACAUUUUAUUAUGACUAUUUUUCCUUAAAUUAUAUUGACUGUUGUGGUCCCAUCAGGUUUGAAGGCUUAGUUCCUCUAUUUCAGCAACCAAUGGCAAAGUACUUUAUUUGUUUGUUUUUGCUUUGUUUUGUAAAGGUUUACUGCCGUGCUGGCGCAGUCAUGGAAACCGUCUGGAAGGUUUAUUGCUUAUGGUAAAAUUUGCCUGAUUUCUUACAGGCAAUGUUUGGAAACUUUUUAUUAUAUAGUUGUUUACAUACUUAUAAGUCUAUCAUUUAAAGACAUGUACUGAAACAAAUGCUGUAUUUGUUUCAUGAGCAUCUUCCUGUAAUCUAUUACAAAGUUGAAAUUAAACAUAGAGAAUGUUUUAACAGUU